GCCAAAUGGCCGAGCCGGUGGAGUUUACGGCGGAGAACCCCUGGCGGGACCGCGAAGUGCACUUUGACAUCGGGAACAAGCUCAUUGCGCUGACUCGAGGCGAAUUCGUGAUUGAUCAUCUGGAUCAGGUUGAGGAUACCAAGGGCAACAAUGGCAUUUCUGGUACCUUGACAGUCACCAAUCUGAGGCUUAUCUGGACCAAUAAGAAGCGCAGCAACAUCAACCUCUCAAUCGGGUUGCGCAACGUGGUCAGCAUCCAGGUCAAGCCCGUCGAAUCGAAGCUGCUCGGCAAUGUCAAAGCGCUGUGGAUCAUGUGCAAGCACAAACAGAGCAAGUAUCAAUUCAUCUUCACGCAUCUCGUCCCAGGUUCUCCCCGCCUCUUCACCACAGUGCCUGCCGUGCACCGGGCAUACGCCUCUUCCACACUUUAUCGGGAUGUGAAAAUUCGUGCACCUGCCCUUAUCCGUGAUGGAGCCAUCGAGCCCCUGCCCCAAGAAGAGGUUUAUGAUGCCCUUGAGGGCGUCUCCAACCUAUCGGGAGAAAAGGGGGAACUCGGUCGUUUCAUCGUGACCAAUAUUCGAUUCAUUUGGUACAGCGAGCAGAACCCACUCUAUAACGUCAGCUGCCCCUAUUACACAGUGUCUCACAUCGGAGGGCGGCAAUCCAAGUUUGGCUCGGCUGUGGUUGUCAAGUUGGCCGGCGCAGCGGGUGCCUUGAACUUGGGAUUUCGCUGUGAUCCCCCGAAGCGCAUGGCCAAGCUACUGAAGAUGAUGCAGCGUCUGCAUCGAGUCUACCACAUUACGCCGCUUCUGGGUAUUGAGGCUGAGGUGGAGGAGCAGCCAACGGAGGAUCUGAUGCCGGAGAACGUGCCGGAUGACGACGUUGAAAUUGUCCAGCAGGAUAAGGUCGACACCAUGGCGGCGUACUUUUCAAGCGACAGUUCCGGGACAACCGGUCGAGACCCCGUUUUUUCCGCGGAACUGGGCCUUGCCAUUGAGCCAUUGCCGGCGGGUGUCUCGUUGCAAGAUCUAUGGCGCGUGCAGUAA